ACUCGUCUGCUGUUCAUGCCAUAGGUUAGAGAGCUAGCACAAGUAAGCUAGGUUAGCGUCGCGCCAGGCCUCCAGCGAAACAGCGGGAGAGCGACCGAGAUCAGACCCAGCUAUUCGGGAAGGAGACGACCACCCCAUUUAUGUGUCUGCAUGAGAACAGUUAAAAUCCCAGAAAUAUGGUGGUUCUCAAAAUUCGAGACCAGCCUGCUUUGCUGAAAGCUAUUUUCAAUGUGGACCCAGAUGAAGUACGCUCACUCAUAUUCAAAAAAGAGGAUGUGAAUGCACAGGACAAUGAGAAGCGAACUCCACUGCAUGCUGCUGCCUAUCUCGGAGAUGCAGAAAUUAUAGAGCUGCUGAUUCUUUCAGGUGCCAGAGUAAAUGCCAAAGAUAACAAGUGGCUCACUCCUCUGCAUCGGGCUGUGGCCUCCUGCAGUGAGGAGGCUGUCCAGGUUUUGCUGAAACACUCGGCCGACGUAAACGCCAGAGACAAGAACUGGCAGACGCCGCUUCACAUCGCCGCGGCCAAUAAGGCUGUACGCUGCGCCGAGGCCCUCGUCCCGCUGCUCAGCAAUGUGAAUGUGUCGGACAGAGCAGGCCGGACUGCGCUGCACCAUGCAGCCUUCAGCGGCCAUCUGGAGAUGGUGAGGCUGUUGCUCUCCAGAGGAGCAAACAUCAAUGCCUUUGACAAGAAGGAUCGGCGGGCAAUCCACUGGGCAGCCUACAUGGGGCACAUAGAAGUGGUGAAGCUGCUGGCAUCUCACGGAGCCGAGGUGGCCUGCAAAGAUAAGAAAUCGUACACCCCCCUACAUGCUGCAGCCUCCAGUGGAAUGAUUAGUGUUGUCAAAUACCUCCUGGACUUGGGGGUGGAUAUCAAUGAGCCCAAUGCAUACGGCAACACGCCGCUCCACGUGGCCUGCUACAACGGGCAGGAUGUGGUGGUGAACGAGCUCAUUGAAAGUGGAGCCAACGUCAACCAGGUGAACGAGAAGGGCUUUGCACCUCUGCAUUUCACCGCCGCCUCGCGCCACGGGGCACUUUGUCUUGAACUGCUCGUCUGCAACGGGGCUGACGUCAACAUCAAGAGUAAAGACGGCAAGACUCCCCUCCACAUGACAGCCAUCCACGGGAGGUUUUCUAGAUCCCAAGCAAUCAUUGAGAAUGGUGCUGAGAUUGACUGUGAAGAUAAAAACGGAAACACACCACUGCACAUUGCAGCCCGCUACGGACACGAGCUCCUCAUAAACACCCUCAUCACCAACAGAGCUGACACGGCUAGACGAGGGGUUCACGGUAUGUUCCCACUGCAUUUGGCUGCUCUCAGUGGAUUCUCUGACUGCUGCCGAAAGCUCCUGUCUUCAGGCUUUGAUAUUGAUACUCCCGAUGACUUUGGAAGGACCUGUUUACAUGCUGCAGCUGCUGGAGGAAACUUGGAAUGUCUCAAUCUCCUCCUCAACACGGGUGCAGACUUUAAUAGGAAGGACAGCUUCGGCAGGACCCCGCUGCACUACGCCGCUGCCAACUGUAACUACCAGUGCCUGUUUGCACUGGUGGGCUCAGGGGCCAGCGUCAAUGACCUCGACGAACGUGGCUGCACUCCCCUCCACUACGCCGCCGCCUCGGACACAGAUGGAAAGUGCCUGGAGUACUUACUGCGGAAUGAUGCAAAUCCAGGGAUCCGGGACAAUCAGGGCUACAACGCUGUGCACUACGCCUCGGCGUACGGACAUCGCCUCUGUCUGGAGCUGAUUGCAAGUGAAACACCUCUAGAUGUGCUAAUGGAAACCUCAGGGACAGACAUCCUGAAUGAAUCUGAUGUCAGAGCUCCUGUCAGCCCCUUGCACCUUGCUGCGUACCAUGGUCACCACCAAGCUAUGGAGGUGUUGGUGCAGUCUCUGCUGGAUCUUGAUGUAAGAAACAUCCAGGGACGUACACCCUUAGACCUGGCUGCUUUCAAGGGUCACGUCGAGUGUGUGGAUGUUCUAAUCAAUCAAGGAGCCUCCAUCCUCGUCAAAGACUUCACCCUGAAGCGAACCCCCAUCCAUGCUGCAGCUACCAACGGUCAUUCAGAAUGUUUGCGUUUGCUGAUUGGAAAUUCUGAUCUUCAAAGUGCAGUAGAUAUUCAAGAUGGGAACGGACAAACACCUCUGAUGCUGUCGGUCCUGAGUGGACACACAGAUUGUGUUUAUUCUCUGUUGAAUAAGGGAGCGAGUGUAGAAGCCAAAGACAAGUGGGGGCGGACGGCCCUGCAUAGAGGAGCCGUGACCGGUCACGAGGAAUGUGUGGAGGCCUUGCUUCAGCACAGCGCCAACUUCCUGGUGCGAGACUGCAAAGGGCGCACACCGGUCCACCUGGCAGCAGCCUGUGGACACACUGGGGUACUAGGAGGACUGCUGCAUGCUGCCCAAACAGUGGAAACUCUCCCCGUCUUAACAGACAACCAUGGCUACACCCCACUGCACUGGGCCUGCUACAAUGGUCACGAUACAUGUGUGGAGGUUUUGUUGGAGCAAGAAGUUUUUCACAAGGCCGACGGGAAUUCUUUCAGCCCCCUCCACUGUUCUGUGAUCCACGAUAACGAAGGUGCAGCUGAGAUGCUGAUAGACACUCUGGGCCCUGCCAUUGUCAAUGCCAAAGACAGUAAAAACAGAACACCCCUGCAUGCAGCAGCCUUCACUGACCAUGUGGAGUGUCUCCAGCUGCUGCUGAGCCACAACGCUCAGGUCAACAGUAUCGACACCACAGGGAAGACGUCACUCAUGAUGGCUGCUGAGAAUGGCCAGACCAAUGCUGUCGAACUUCUGGUAAGCAGUGCGAAAGCAGAUCUCACUCUGCAGGAUGCUGUGAAGAACACUGCACUUCACCUGGCCUGCAGUAAGGGACAUGAAACCAGUGCCUUGUUGAUAUUGGAAAAGAUUUCAGACAGAAACCUCAUAAAUGCCACUAAUGCCGCCUUACAGACGCCUCUACAUGUGGCUGCAAGAAACGGUCUGACUGUGGUGGUGCAAGAGCUGCUUGCAAAAGGAGCCAGUGUACUUGCAGUGGAUGAAAACGGUUACACACCCGCCUUGGCUUGUGCCCCCAACAAAGAUGUUGCAGACUGCCUCGCCCUCAUCCUGGCCACCAUGAUGCCUGUGUCCCCCUGCGCCCCGGCACCCACCCUCCCUUUCAGUGCCAUUAACCACUACACCACCAGCCCCUCCAAGAGCGUCACCUUCGACAGUCUGCCCGUGCUGCGCGGCGAGCACAGCUCCUACUGCAGCUUCAACAACGUCAGCCAUCACGAGGGCUUCUACAAGGACGAGGAGCUCAACGACUCGGAUUCAGAGACGUACUGAGGGACAGGAGGAGGAGAUAGAAACAUAAACACACACACACACACUGUGUCUUAAUAAAUCACCCACCGCCAGCUUUGGAGGGCAGAAGAAGAGAAAAGCCCCCACAGGAGCCUUAAAGAGUCCCCCCCCCCCCCCCCCACCACCCCACUUAGAAAAGAGAGGAAGCGAGGGAGGAGGUGCAGCAGGCUGGCCCACACUCAUCCCGACCUCAUCCAGCACCAGGUGUCCUUCCAGCUGAUACAGGACCUUAGUAACCGCUGCUUUACCGACACUGACUUGCUGAGUGCUUGUUGGGCAGACAGCGACAUUUGUACGGCAAUAACAUGCUGAAGAGGGAUGGUAGCACUUCACCGAGAGCUAGACUGACAGGGACCAGAAGACGUGGAUGCAUUUUAACCCAGUUUUAAUUGUGUACAUGAGAUUAAGAAGUUAAUGGGUAUAUCGGUUCGUCUGGGAAGAGAGAUUUCCUUUUUGAAAUUUUGUUGGGGAGGAGGUUAAAUACCGCACACUACGUUUGAAUGCGCUUGUAUUUCAAAUCUGUAAGUCAUACAGGGGGAAAGUCAUUUAUUUUUUGAGAUCCAAAUUUUAAUAUUCCCAUGUUCAUGUCUUAAACUCCUUAUCCUCUAGGGAAAAAAAAUCUGAAUUUCUGACCUGAGUAAUUUAAAAACAUUUGAUAUGUGCAACAGGUUAUUUUUAAGUUGAUCGACCGUACCUUUGUGUAUUGACUUGUCCACUGCGGUUUAGUCUUUCAAGAAUAAAUUAUUUGUGUACGUUUGGUUCCUAUUUAUGUGUUUAUUUUGUGCCUUCAUUAGUUACUGAGAGCAGAUGGGUGUGUAGAGGCAGCUGUGAUGCUCACUAGGUAAGUAAUGAAACGACUGUAAGAAGCACUGAUCCAACACUGAGCUACCUAACGCUCGGCUUUGUGAGGAGAAACACUGUAAACCAAUGACAGGGCAGCGUUUGAUUUUCUUCUGUUUGAAUGAAUUUUUCUUUUGCUCCUAUAUUAGUCAAUGUUUGUUGACAGGUUUUGCUUGCUUUAAAUUCAGAAAAAAGAAACCACUCGAUUCUACCGUGAUUCAAAAAUCCCGUUUCUGUCUGUUGAGAAAUAAUUUUAACUGGAAAUAUGUACAAUACAUUUGCUAGCUUCAUUUGAAUGGAAAAGAUAUUUGUUUCUUUUCCUGGCUUUUUCUUGAAGAAGGAUGAAACUAGCAUGUAUAUAGAAAUUGUGACUGUGAAUUCAAAGCUCCAGUGAAUUCUUUCAUUACUGAGAUUGCUGUAUAUUUUAUGAGUAAUAAAGAAAUGAGUUAUUUAAUAAUGA